CGUUGAUCAACCCACCUGUGCUUAUCCUAUAAGUUCACCACUACCUGCUCCACAUCUCUGCACUGCAAUCCACUUUCUACCGCCUGCCACCACAGCAGAGGAACAGCUGAAACCAUCCAACUUAAACCAUGCAGUUUGCCGACGCCAAUUUCAACAAGAGCAGCCUUCUCCUGGCUGUGAGGCGAUACAGCUCAGCGGUGAGUGACAUGGAGCAAACCAUUCUGCUGCCCAGCCUGCUGCGAGACGUGCCCUCUGACGAUGUGUGGGACAGCGAAGAGGCAGAGGAGACGUGUGAAGACCUGUACACAAACUACACGAUGCUAAAAAACAUAAGAAACACAGUGGAGAGCGGCCUGCUGCACCUGAGCGACCGCAAGAUCGAGGACAGCGUGGUGCUCCACCAAACCCUGGAGCCACUUUUGGACACAGACCCUCAAGUUCUGUUUUGCUUCCACCUGAGGGGACUAUUUUCUGUGAUGAACAGCCUCACCAAGAAGUCUCAGAGCCUGACUGAGAAAUAUAUGGACCUCAUUGGAGUCACAAAGUAGAGAACAACAACAUCAAAUGUCUACACUGGUUAGAUCCAGUGACCCCCAACAAAUGUGGAAUAAACAUGCACUAUCAGAACUAAUACUUUGUUUAUCUUUGUUUGUUAACAGUAAUAACACCUUGGAAACUAUCGUUUAGAUAGUUCCUCCCUAGAGCUGAUCCUGCUCCUGACAAAUGCUAAAUUUUACACACAUCAGAAAUGUUCUCUGCUCAAGUUCAUUCCAAACAAUAAAAAAUAAAAUUCUGUGAGGAAAUGA